GGGCCCCGUCGGUCUUUUCUUGUUUUGACCGCCGGCCUGAGCGGGGCGGUGCUACGGUAUUCCUGCUUCCAGCCCUACUUGAAAGCUUGCAGCAGCCCAUCCUUUUGCUUCCUCCGUUCUUUGCAUCCCUACACAUACCAUGCACAAGCAUAUCAUGACUGGGGACCUGCUGGACAAGCAAGAUUUCACUAACAAGAUGAAGAGCUGGGAGGUGCGCGAGGCCUUCCUGGAUUACUUCCGUAAAGAUCAUGCCCACACCUACUGCCACAGCUCCUCAACGGUGCCCCAUGAAGACCCCAUGCUGCUCUUCGCUAAUGCUGGCAUGAACCAGUUCAAAGCCAUCUUUGUAGGCUCAGUGGAACCCAGCAGUCCCUUAGCAGGCCUGGUGCGCGCAGUCAACUCCCAGAAGUGUAUUCGUGCUGGUGGGAAGCACAAUGACCUGGACGAUGUGGGUAAGGAUGUCUAUCACCACACAUUCUUUGAGAUGUUGGGCAACUGGUCCUUUGGAGACUACUUCAAGAAGGAGGUGUGUGCCUGGGCUUGGGAGUUGCUGGUGGAUCGAUUUAAUCUCCCUAAGGACCGGCUGUACGUGACUUACUUUGGUGGCAGCCCCGAGCAGGGCCUGGAGCCUGACCUGGAGUGUCGUCAGAUCUGGCUUGACCUGGGUAUUGCAGCAGAGCGAAUCUUACCUGGCAGCAUGAAAGAUAAUUUCUGGGAGAUGGGAGACACGGGGCCUUGUGGACCUUGCUCAGAAAUCCACUUUGACCGCAUUGGUGGUCGUGAUGCUGCCCAUUUGGUUAAUGAGGAUGACCCGGAUGUACUGGAGAUCUGGAACCUUGUGUUCAUGCAGUACAAUCGUGAGGCUGAUGGCACCUUGCUCUCCUUGCCCAAGAAACACAUUGACUGCGGGAUGGGGCUGGAACGGUUGGUGUCAAUAUUACAAGGCAAGACUUCCAACUAUGACACUGAUCUCUUCACGCCCAUCUUUGCAGCCAUCCAGGAAUUGACAGGCUGUGAGCCAUACAAGGGGAGAGUGGGUGAUGCAGACGCUAACGGUGUGGACAUGGCUUACCGUGUGGUGGCCGACCAUGUGCGCACCCUGACAGUUGCUCUUAGUGAUGGUGGGAUGCCAGACAACACAGGGCGUGGGUACGUGCUGCGUCGGAUCCUGCGGCGUGCUGUGCGAUAUGCCACAGAAAAAUUAGGCAUGCGGCCAGGUGUACUGAGCACCUUGGUUGAUGUGGUGGUGGCACUGCUUGGAAAGGCUUUUCCUGAGGUCACUCGUGAUCCACAAGCAUUGAAAGAUGUGAUUGAUGAGGAGGAGCGGCAGUUCCUGCGGACGCUGGUGCGAGGCCAGAGGGUGCUGGAACGUACCGUGAAGCACUUGGGGAACACGGAUGGCAGUAGUGUGGUGCCGGGUGAGGUGGUGUGGCGUCUGUAUGACACUUAUGGUUUCCCUCCUGAUCUGACACGUCUCAUGGCUGAAGAACGAGGCUUGGGUGUAGAUGAAGCAGCUUUUGAUCAGUGCCGGCAGGCAGCUCAGGAACGUUCCCGUGGUGGUCAGGCGGGCCAGGAUGAUGUUUGUCGCCUCAACGUGCAUGCCAUUGAUGAGCUGCAGAGCCGUGGCAUUGCCUUCACUGAUGAUGCUCCCAAAUACAACUACAAAGCUGGCCCUGUCCGCGAAGCUGACUACUUCUUUGAUCCUUGCAAAGGCCGUGUGGUGGCCAUUCGAUUUGAAGGUGGAUUUGUGGAUGCUGCUACCUCAGGACAGCACUGUGGUGUUAUACUGGAUCGAACGAACUUUUAUGCUGAGAGUGGUGGGCAAGAACAUGAUGAAGGCUUCAUGACAAAGGAAGAUGACCCCGAGACAGAGUUUAAGGUGGAAGAUGUUGAGGCACGUGGCGGUUACGUGUGUCACCUGGGCAUGGUUGAAGGUAACUUGAAGGUGGGUGACGAGAUGAUCCUAUCCCUUGAUACUCAUCGACGCCGACACCUUAUGAACAACCACACAGGGACCCACAUCCUAAACUAUGCCCUACGGCAAGUGCUCACAAGCGAAGCAGACCAGCGAGGCUCCUUGGUGGCUCCAGACCGCUUGCGCUUUGACUUCACCAAUCGCUGUGCAUUGACCUGUGAUGAAGUGCGCUGUGUGGAGAAAGUGGCACGUGAUGUGAUAGAGAAGAACCAGCCUGUAUUUGCCAAGACAGCCCCACUUGCUGUGGCAAAAAGUAUUCAGGGUCUGCGUGCUGUGUUUGGAGAAGUGUACCCUGAUCCAGUGCGAGUGGUAUCUGUGGGUGUAUCCGUGGAGCAACUCGAGGCUGACCCUCACGGGCCUGCUGGGGCCUCCACCAGUGUGGAGUUCUGUGGUGGCACACAUUUAUUGCAGGCAGGCCAUGCAGGGGAUCUGCUCAUUGUGAGUGAGGAAGCGAUUGCCAAGGGUAUUCGACGAGUAGUAGCUGUGACUGGCCCCGAGGCUGUCCGUGCCCUUGCCCGUGCUGCACACCUGCAGGAAGAGAUCAGCAGCCUGAAGGUGCGUGUGGAGACAGAGCGGCCGCCGCUGCGUGAGGUGGUGCGGCAGGUGACUGCAUUGCUGGACCAGGUCAACACUGCCCAAAUCCAACACUGGCGGCGAGAGGAGCUGCGCAUCCAACUGGAACUCAUCAAGCGGGUUGAGGUGGAUGCUGACCGAGCCCGCAAGGCUGCCAUCUCAAAGCAGGCUGUGCAGGCCACCCGUGAACUACGCGCUUCCAACCCUGAUGUGGCGUACAUAGUGGUAGAGUUGCCAGCAUUUGCUCAGAAUAAGGUGCUGAAUGAUGCAUUGAAGGAAUUGCGUGGUGGCCCUCCAGCUCUCUUCCUCAGUACCGAUCCUGAUGCUGGCAAGAUUCUGGCCAUGGCUGCUGUGUCCCCAAAGGAUGUGGCCCGUGGCUUGAAGGCUAAUGAAUGGGUGAAACAUUUGGAGCCUCUGCUGUCUGGCCGUGGUGGAGGGAAGCCAGAGUCUGCACAAGUUAGUGGCUCAAAGGUGGCUGCUCUGCCUGAGGCACUAAAGAUGGCACACAGCUUUGCUCAAGAGAAGCUGGGCUGUGCUGCUGUCACAUUAGAGCUACCUGCUGCAGCCCUGGAGAAGGCUACUAAGGCUGCCACUGCUGCCCCUCGUCAAAAGCCCGAGGGUUAUGAUGAAGCGUUCCGACCCACCACAAGUGUGCCUCUACUGUAUGGGGCAUCAAGCAGUGUGCUGUCCCUGCCAGCAGUGAUAGCUGCUCAGUUUGCUGACAUCAAGCUAAAGUUGGUGGACAAAUUUCAGAUGGGUGUCAGUAAUACCAAGCCACAGUACAAAGAACUGUUUGGGCGAGAUACUGCACCCAGUCUGCUGCUACCUGAGGGCUCCACCAUCACAGGAGGCAUGGGUGCUACCUGGUUCCUGGCUUCUGAUGCCAUGCGGGGCCAUGACCGCGUAAGCCAGGCACAAGUCCUGUCCUGGAUGACCACAGCAGAGUCCCAUCUUUUGCCAUUGGUUGCCGCUGCUGUGGGGAAACAGGGUGGGGCCAAAGGUGCACAGAAAAGUCUGGAGCAAGAGCUGCGGCGCAUGGAGGCUUAUCUGCUGCACCACACUUACCUGGCUGGAGAGCGGCUCAGUCUGGCCGAUAUUUACACAUUCUCUGUCCUGGCACCUGCUGUCAAGGCUGGCCUGGUUGCUGGGGGUCGUGCUGGUUUGCCUGCUGUGAUGCGCUGGUACAACACUAUACUAAAUCAACCCAAAUUAUAUGAUCUCCCUGUUGUGCAGGCAGCUGGACCCCCAAAGCCUGCAUACUAAAUACCCGUAUGGAGUGCUGUAGGCUGCCUUGUCCUGGGAACUGAACUGAGGCUUUGUUGGGAUUAUUAUUAUUUUUAUUAUUAUUAUUACUACUACUACUACUAUCAUUAUUAUCAUUAUUAUUACCAUCAUCAUCAUCAUUGUCAACUGUUCAGGCAUCUUAUUUGAUAUGGGCUAUGUGGCAGCAUUGCUACUCUGAUGAUUACCUUAUCCUGUAUCAGCAUCUUCCUGGGGGAAGAAGAGGACCUGAGGGUUAUUUUGUAUUGCUAUUAAAGGGUGACUAGCA